AUGCCCCGCCUCGUCCGCCACGCGCCGCUCGCCGAGCGCAUCAAGGCCUACAUCGACCCCUGGGACUGGCUGAUGUGGGCUUCGGAAGAGCUGAACACAAAUGACUGGGAGGAGUUCGCGAAGGACUAUGCCGUCAUGCUCGGCUUCGGCAUGAACGUCGUCUUCAUCAUCGCGCAGGCGAAUGCGUCGGGCAGCUCGGAUGGCGACGAUGUGUUGGUGGGAACGGGCGGUAGCGGCUGGCUCCGAUGGUUCUGCAGGCUCAUUGUCAUGGGGCUGUCGACAUUGGCGUUCCUAAAUGCCUUCUUCACCUUCUGGCGCAAGAGGCACUACCGCCUGUUCGAGCAGCCCAUUGAGACGGGCCCGUCGACGCCGUCCGCUCGGCGUGUGCGGGUGGAUUCGUCGCCCGUGGGUGCCUCUCCUCUGCGCUUCCUGCAAAACAUCAUCAGCUCGAGCUCGGCCGAGUCCCGCGCGCAUCCCGACGAGGGCAGAGAUGUCUGGGAGAUUGCCGUCUGGGACCCCAACCCGCUUUGUCUGGACAUCUUCUGUCUCUUCAGCCCACUUCACGUCGUUCUUUACUGCCUCACUCUUCCGGUCGCCCCUCUGGAUCCGCAACCUAGCGUCAAGGUGGUCACAACAGUCGCCAUCGGCGCGGUCCUUUCCUUACAACUUUGGUAUCUGCGGUCUUCAUUCUCUCAGCAGAUCCUGGACUCCGCCGUCAUACAGCGCGAGGUCCUCCACGAGUACGACAGCAAGUUCGUACACCCUACAUUGCAGAAGGUGUGCCGGGACGUCGGCAUACAGACCAUUUCGAAGAAGAAGACGAGAGAUUCGAGUGUCGGUGUCCGCGGCAGCAGCGAGCAUCUCGCCUCGGACAUUACCACGUACACCCCAACGACUAUUAUAAGCCGUACUUUCCGCACAAACCCGAAUCCGAACUAUGCCUCACAAUACGACCCCGACAACCUCGCCGUGGCGCGUUCGAAUGCCCAAACGCCGUCCCUCCGCCCCGCGUACAGCUCUAACUACAGCUCCACUUCGACCGCCACAGGAGCGGACUUCUCCUCUCCCAUCCGUCCCUCGAACACUCCGAACCCUUUCCGUCAGCAACCCGCGCAGUUCCGUCCCACGGGCACCGGCGAUGGUGGCAGCUUGGGC